UGUUCGCUGGAGUAAACACUGGCUCCUCCUUCACCGUGUGACAGGCGGACACGCCGAACGCUCGCCUCGCCUUUUUUUCCUCCCUUCUACUUCUUCGACUCCCAGGCAUAUUAUCUCUGCUCUCCGCGUCCACAUGUUGAAGCCUCACAGGUGGUGCACGUCCCCGUAGAGCUUGCAGAGCUGCUUCUCCACUUGGAAGUCCAGGUGACAAGUGGAGUCCGCCAGCGUCAUGUGACCCAUACUACAAUGGACGUCAUGAUCAGCACACUUUGAUUGGCAUCAGCACUCACACAGUCACACAACACAAUGGUCCCUCUUCUGUUUUUGGUGGCAACCACAACAACAUCCAAUUCCAGCAGCAAUGGAAACCAUACACGAGAGGGCGUCACAUCCACCAGCCACCAUGUCCUCCCCACCAUGCUGGUCCUCUCUCUGCUGCUGCUCAUCAUCAUGCUGCUGGCCUGGUACUUCCUCAGGUUAAAAAACCAGAGGAAAGCGGCGGUCACCGCAGUCGACAAGAAGAUACCCAAUGGCAUCCUGGAGGAACAAGAUCAACAGACAGUGGUCCUGCUGCCCAGGUCUGCUUCGGCCUCCAAGCACUACCCCCCGCUCGCCGUGGAGCAGCUGGAGGAGGAGUACAGGCUGCGCUCGGCCGACGACGGCAAGCUCUUUCGCGAGGAAUACAACUCUCUGCCGGGGGGUCAUGCCCAAGGGACGUACGAGGAAGCCAACAAGGACAACAACAAAGAGAAGAACAGAUACCCCAACAUACUUCCCUACGAUCAUUCCAGGGUGGUGCUGACUCAGCUGGACGGAAGCCCCGCCUCCUCCGACUACGUCAAUGCCUCCUACAUCGACGGUUUCACACUUAAGAACAAAUUCAUAGCAGCACAAGGUCCAAAAGAGGACACGGUCGCAGAUUUCUGGAGGAUGAUUUGGGAGCAGAAAGUGGCGACGGUGGUCAUGCUGACCAACCUGAAGGAGAGGAAAGAAGACAAGUGCCACCAGUACUGGCCAGAUCAGGGCUGCUGGACCUACGGGAAUGUGCGUGUGGCGGUAGAGGACUUCACCGUCUUGGUGGAUUACACCAUACGCAAGUUCUGCAUACAAUAUCAAUCCACAGAUGCCGCCAAGACUCCACGGCUGGUGACGCAGCUCCACUUCACCAGCUGGCCCGAUUUCGGCGUCCCUUUCUCGCCCAUCGGCAUGCUCAAGUUCCUCAAGAAGGUCAAGAUGGUCAAUCCGCCAUUUUCCGGGCCCAUAGUGGUCCACUGCAGCGCCGGCGUGGGUCGGACUGGGACCUUCAUUGUUAUCGACGCCAUGAUUGACAUGAUGCACGACAAGCAAAAUGUGGAUGUGUUUGGCUUUGUCUCCAAGAUCCGAGAACAGCGUUCACAGCUCAUUCAGACAGACAUGCAGUACUCGUUCAUCUACCAGGCCCUGCUUGAAUACUACCUCUACGGAGACACGGAGCUGGAUGUGUCAUCCCUUGAAGGACACCUGCACAAACUGCACAACACCGUCAACAGUGGGGAUCGCCUUGGCCUGGAGGAGGAGUUCAAGAAACUGACAAACAUGCGCAUCAUGAAGGAGAACAUGAGAACGGGGAACCUCCCCGCCAACAUGAAGAAGAACCGAGUUCUGCAGAUCAUUCCGUACGACUUCAACAGAGUUAUUCUAUCCAUGAGGAGAGGUCAGGAGUUCACAGAUUACAUCAAUGCAUCGUUUAUAGACGGCUACAGGCAGAAAGACUACUUCAUUGCCACGCAGGGUCCUCUGUCGCAAACCGUGGAGGACUUUUGGAGGAUGGUGUGGGAGUGGAAGUGUCACUCUAUUGUCAUGCUCACCGAGCUCCAGGAGAGGGAGCAGGACAAGUGUUACCAGUAUUGGCCAUCGGAGGAGUCAGAAACGUACGGAGACUACAGCGUGGAGAUGAAGGGCAACGCCUUGUGCGAUGCCUUCAGUCUACGAGACUUGGUACUCACCUUUGUCCCGGAGAAGCAGACACGAGUGAUCCGGCACUUCCACUUCCACGGCUGGCCCGAGGUGGGCAUCCCGGCCGAGGGUCGGGGCAUGAUCGACAUCAUUGCGGCGGUGCAGCGGCAGCAGCAGCAGUCUGGCAACCAUCCUAUUGUUGUACACUGCAGCGCCGGUGCCGGGCGGACUGGUACGUUCAUUGCACUGAGCAACAUCUUGGAGCGGGUCAAAGCGGAAGGCCUGCUAGACGUGUUCCAAACUGUGAAGAGUUUACGCAUGCAGAGGCCGCACAUGGUCCAGACUGUGGAGCAGUACGACUUCUGCUACAGGGUGGUACAAGACUUUGUGGACAUUUUCUCUGACUAUGCCAACUUUAAAUGAGCGUAUGUUUGCCUUAUAAACGUUGUCUUUUGGUUGUUUUUGUGUGUGUGUGUGUGUGUGUGUGUGUCUGUGUGUGUGUGUGUGUGUUAAUUUUUAAUAUGAUCUAUUUUUUGCUAUGCACUUGUCCUAACAUGAACUAAAUUAUAUAUAAAUAUGAAUACCUACAUACAUCCAUCCAUCCAUUUUCUAUACCGCUUCUCAACAUUAGGGUCGCGGGGGCAUGCUGGAGUCUAUCCCAGCUGACUUCGGGCGACAGGCGGGGUACACCCUGGACUGGUGGCCAGUCAAUGGCAGGGCACAUAUAGACAAACAAGCAUUCACACUCACAUUCAUACCUAUGGACAAUUUAGAGUCUCCAAUUAACCUAACAUGCAUGUUUUUGGAAUGUGGGAGGAAACCGGAGUACCCGGAGAAAACCCACACACACGGCUGUUACUGUGUUGGCCAACGUGCUAACCACUAGACCACCGUGCGGCCUACCUACAUACAUAUAAAUAUAUAUACAUAUAUCAAUAAAUAACAUGUCCCCUCAGUGGAGAAGAAUUGUACAUGGAAAAAAAGUUGGUAAUUUAUAUUUUGCAGUAUGUAUGAUAAUUUUUUUGUCAAGAAGCGUCUUGUUUUGUUUCUGUAUAAUAUUGUAAUUUCAACGUCCUCCGUGUGAUAUUUUUUUAAAUGCUGUAAAUGUAUUUAUGUAUGGAAAGUGACAUUCCAUAUUUGGGGAUGGUUGCAACACACAACAGGAAUGUGUUUUUAUUUAAUGAACUGAUCAUUGAAAUGAUUUCUCUGCUAUUCCAGUGACACCGGGUACGUUCCUUUCCCCUUACCUCACAUUGUGGCAUGCGGCCGGUAAAUGGUCACUGCAGGCGUGGACUUUUUGCUUUUGAGCGACUGCACACUGAAAAAGCACAUAAAAAUCAGUCCUUUACCGCCAAAAACCUGCAAUAGUCAAGAGUAUACAGUGUAUAUAUCUAUAAAUCUGUGCCAUAUUACCUACUUUUAUUUAUUAUUUUCAACUUCAACAGAGGCAAAAAACCCAAGUUAAAAUGCAGUGAGUAUGGUCCAAUGUGGCACGCACAGGUAUGGAUCAAAGACCCGAAAAGCAUUUUUUUCCAGUGACUUUUGGGGGUGUCUUUUUGUAAAGCUUCUACAUGUAAAAUAACUUUAUGGCCACAUUAAACCAAACUUUGUUAAUUA